AUGAAUAUAUGUGAAGCAAGGGAAAUCGAAGUAGAUUCUGUUAUCUGUUUCUCUCUCUCUCUCUCUCUCCUUGUGUGCCAUGCUAAGUUUUCCCUCUUCAAAUGUUUAUCUCCUCCAAAAUAUCUCUCUCUUUCUCUCUUUCUCUUUCUCUCUCUCUCCCUCUCAAGCAUGCACACUUACUCUCUCUCUCCCUCUCUCUCUCUCUCUUUCUCUCCUUAUUUUCCUAAAAAUAUAUUUAAAGAACUUUUUCUUUAUAUCUAUAUGAUCUACAUCUUCUUUCUUUCUAUAUUAUUCUUUUCCUUUCUAUCUAUCUAUCUAUCUAUCUAUCUAUUAUCCACAUCCACAGACAGAGUGUUUCGCUCUUAUCUUCAUUUUUCGGCGCAUUUUGUGACUGCUUUUAUAACUUCUUUUGCUACUUUUUCCCGCUCUGUCUCUGCUUUUCUUCAUCUUUUUCAUCUAUUGAUGGUUUCUUUCUUCUUGAAUUUUUCUUCUUUUUCAUAUUUACUUUUUCUCCGCCUCUUAUAUUUCAUGUCAUUUUUUUUACUCCUUGAUAGUCUUUUUUGUUGUUAUUAUUUUUGUUCUUUCUCUUCUUUUUCUUUCUUUUUUUAA